UACGAUUCUGUCAGCGUCCAGAAGGUUUUAGGUGUUUUGUGGCUCAGCUGUGAAACCAGGAGCCCCAUAAUGGACCUGGAGCAAACCAUUAAUGGCUUGCUUUCAAAAAAUGAACAACUUGAACAGGAAAAUAAUCUGUUGAAGUCCGUGUUUAGCGUAGUCCAGGAAAACGCAGACCUGUGGAGAGCCAGGAUGCAGGGCUUCAACAGUGACUCUCUCGAGGAAUUGCCAGGAAGGCACCCAUCCAGUCUGUGGCAAAACACCUCUGAGAGACAAUUCAGAAAAGACUUGCAACAAACCAGAUUAAUACACGACCAACGAACCUCAUCCCCUGUCGACUUCAAGUCUUUCCUCCAAAGCUCGGUGCUCGCAGAUACAAGUGAGAAAGCAGAGAUUCAAAGCUGCCAGGCUGAUUUGCCUUUUGAGGUCAAAGGUCCAUACAGGCUACUGGGAGAGAUUGCAUACCAACUUGAUAGGAGGAUUCUGUCCCAUGUCUUCCAGAGCCACAGGAGGCUUUAUGGUUUCACACUGCUCAAUUUUCCUGAAAAAAUUAGAGAGGUAUCCACACACCCUCUGACAGGCAAGGUAGAUGAAGGCUAUCAGCUUCAUCUCACUCAGAGGUAUGCUGACCUCAUGGAGAGGUUGAACCAGCUCGGGUAUAAAUUAAAACUUCACCCUUCUUUCACUGAAUUUAUUGUUAACGCCUAUGGGAUCCUGAAGGAGAGGCCUGGCGAAAACAGCACGCAGACAAUUGACUACAAUAAUUCAGAUUUCCUGAGAAAGAGGAUAAUGACCACUGCACCGAGAAAACUUCAGAGGGACCUGCUCCUUGUGCUCACCUGCCUCUGCGACAUGGCCGAGAAGGAUGGAAGGCCUCUCCUUCUCUGGUAGACAUGACUGUAUGAGACCAGCAAAACGUAUACUGUCUACAAAUUGGAAAUAAACACUGAUAAAUGUUGUG